UAGUAUUGUUCGCCGCGAUACUUAUAGAAGCAUGUCAACACCAUGUCGGUGAAGGUAAGGUGUAAUCUGGUAAAGCCUGAAAAGCUCUCCCCUCUUUGUAUCCUUCUAGUCCUAGUGCUCUUGUUUCUUCACACUAUAUCUCAUCUUCUCAUUCCAGGACUUCCCUCACGCUGAAGCUAGGCCUUAAGAUGAGUUUUCAUUUCAAUCUCAACAAUCCAGAUGACCCGUUCGGAGUCUUUGACGGUGAACUUCCUGAUAUUAACAUGGACGAGGACGACGACGCUGCACCCUUGGCGGCUUCCACUCCCGCCCCUGAUGAGGAUGCAGGCGAAAACGAAAAUGAAGAUUGCGAGGACGAUGAAGAUUAUGAGGAAGAUGAGGACGAUGAGAACGGCGAAGACGGUAAUGCCAAGUCACAACACCAAGUCCUCGAAGACCUCGAGAGUGAACUCAACGUCCUUACCCUCGAUGCUGAGACCGUCAUCUCCUGCCAACCUCGAGCAACACAAAUUCGACUGGUCGUCAACACGCGCAAGAUCUUCAACGACUACAAACAAUAUGGCUCAAUGGCGCGGCUCAGACGCGGCAUUGAAAAGUUCUUCGAGCGUGACGACAUCCGGGACGGAAAGAAACUAGAAUACGCAACACUCGAAGAGGAACAGGCCAACACCGACCCAGGCCACUUUGGCGAAGUGUUCAUGGUCAACGACACCGCAGAUGACGACGUCCCGAAGUUCGUCGACGGUGAUACCCGCACGUACAACACCGCUCAUGGACCCAGAUCGAAAGUCAACAAAUUCCACAGCGUCGACCGGGACUACGCGGCCCUCGUCGCGACCGAACCCUGGGACCCCGUCGCCAUCAACCUCAAAUGGCCCGGUGUGAUGCGCUGGCCUCCAGGCAUCCUCGGCAAACUCGACCAGAUUUUCAGUCUCGUCGACUACGAGUCUCGUGUGCGCCUCUUCCACCAUGUUUCGAGGUACGGUCCCUCGCCCAUCUUCCGACUCGGCAUCACCGAGGACGUGCGCAGCAUGUACUCUACGAUCCUCGAAACGUCACAGGCCCACUACCUAGGCCUGACUCCCGAGACGAGGUCUUUUCUGCGCUCAGCGUUUGUAUCCAUGCGUAGCCAACCCAACGCGGCCGAGACCAGGUUGCUUUCGCAGGCAUGCCAGAUUGGAGAAGACUCGACGAGGACACACCGCCAUGAGGAUCUUCAUGACGGCACGGGAGAUUGA